CGCAGCUGAUUGGCCAGAGGCCCCCCCCACCCCCCGUGACGUCACAUCAGCAUGGCCGCCCUCAGGGUCGCGUCUUCGUGCCGGUGGGACUUGCAAAGGCACACUCAGUGUCUGCGGUUGCCGUGCUGCGUCACAUAUUUGCGAGCGUGCACCAUCUACACAGCCACCCACGACCCCAGUGAGAAGACCUUCGACAAGAUCCUCAUCGCUAACCGAGGAGAGAUUGCCUGCCGGGUGAUUAAAACAUGCAAGAAAAUGGGGAUAACGACGGUGGCGGUUCACAGCGACGUGGACGCCAACGCUGUGCACGUGAAGAUGGCUGACGAGGCUUUCUGCGUGGGCCCGGCCCCCACCGCCCAGAGCUACCUCAACAUGGCGGCCAUCCUCGACGCCGUGAAGACGUCGGGCGCGCAGGCGGUGCAUCCUGGGUAUGGCUUCCUGUCAGAAAACAAGGAGUUUGCAAAACAGCUGGCUGCGGAAGGGGUUAAAUUCAUCGGGCCCGACACGCACGCGCUGCAGGCGAUGGGUGACAAGAUCGAGAGUAAACUCAUCGCCAAGACCGCCGGGGUCAACACCAUCCCGGGCUUCGACGGCGUCGUCAAGAACACGAAAGACGCCGUGAAAAUUGCGCGCGAAAUCGGUUACCCUGUAAUGAUCAAGGCCUCUGCUGGUGGAGGCGGCAAAGGGAUGAGGAUCGCGUGGAACGACGAGGAGACUAAGGAGGGCUUCCGCUUCUCCUCUCAGGAGGCGGCGUCGAGCUUCGGAGACGAUCGCCUCCUCAUCGAGAAAUUCAUCGACAACCCCCGACACAUCGAGAUACAGGUGCUGGCGGAUGAGCACGGGAACGCACUGUGGCUGAACGAGCGCGAGUGCUCUGUACAGAGACGCAACCAGAAGGUGGUGGAGGAGGCCCCGAGCAUGUUCCUGGACACACAGACGCGCCGUGCGAUGGGGGAGCAGGCGGUGGCGCUGGCGCGUGCCGUGCGCUACUCCUCGGCCGGCACCGUCGAGUUCCUCGUCGACUCCCAGAGGAACUUCUAUUUCCUGGAGAUGAACACGCGCCUGCAGGUGGAGCACCCCAUCACGGAGUGCAUCACGGGGCUGGACCUCGUCAUGGAGAUGAUCCGCGUGGCCGCGGGCCACCGCCUGCGCCUCUCCCAGUCCGAGGUUCCCAUCCGGGGCUGGGCCAUCGAGUGCCGCGUCUACGCAGAGGACCCGUACAAGUCGUUUGGCUUGCCAUCCGUUGGACGCUUGUCCCAGUACCGGGAGCCGACCCACCUGACCAACGUGCGUGUAGACAGUGGCAUCACGGAGGGCAGCGACAUCAGCAUCUUCUACGACCCCAUGAUCUCCAAGCUCGUCACGUACGGAGGGGAUCGCAAAGAGGCACUUCGGAGGAUGGUGGAAGCUCUGGACAGCUACGUUAUCCGGGGAGUCACCCACAACAUCCCCCUGCUGAGGGAGAUCAUCACUAACCAGCGCUUCAUCACCGGCGACAUCUCCACCAAGUUCCUGCCCGAGGUCUACCCAGAAGGGUUCAAAGGCCGGGUGCUGAGCAACGUGGAGAGGAAGGAGCUGAUCGCGGUCACCGCCUGCAUUUACGCACGUUACCAGGAGCGCGCGCGAGUGUUCCUCAACCAGCCCAGGCCGAUGCUGAACAAGCCGCGCCCAGAGACCCUGGACCUGGCCGUGUCCCUGGACGGGCAGAGCCACGGAGUGAGGGUGGUGGGGGACCUCGGCUUGCAGGGGGUCUACGAGGUCGAACUGGACGGAGUGAAGCUAGAAGUUAUUGGCGACAUCAACCUCGCGUCUCCGCUCCUGCGGAUCAGCAUCAAUGGAAAAACCCGCACCGUGCAGUGCUUGUCUCGUGAUGGGGCUGGAAACUACAGCGUCCAGUACCAGGGCACCACGUACAAGCUGCAGGUGCUGCGCACGGCGGUGUUGGCGCUCAUGAAGCACAUGCCGGUGCGGGUGCGCGAGGACACCUCCCUCUUCGUGCUGUCGCCCAUGCCAGGGACCGUGGUGAACGUCUCCUGCAAGGCCGGAGACCAGGUGUCUGCUGGACAGGAGGUGUGCGUGAUUGAGGCCAUGAAAAUGCAAAACAGUCUGACAGCCAGCAGGAGUGGACAGGUCAAGGCCAUUCACUUCGCCGCCGGAGACACGGUGGGGGAGGGAGACGUCCUGGUAGAACUCGAAUGAAAACCAGUGCGGAGAUAGGCACAGAUAGACACACAGAUACACA